GCCAGUCAUUUGUCUUCUCUAUCUUCCCAACUGAAAUGCCCUCUGUUCCUCUCAACUCUGUGUUUGCUGUUGCUAUUCUCGCGGACGGGCACCGGAGGCACAUGGGUCGUCGUCAGCACCGCCCUGCCCCUUUUUAGGUAGCGAAGAGAGUUGCACCCGUGGUCAGGAACCGAUCCGUCGAUCUUGCUCAUACUCUCAGUCUCGGCCGUCACUACUCCGCGGCUUCCGCUGUCUCUCAUUUCCCUGACUCUCCCUUGCCUCUGUCUCUCGGCUGCACUCUCCUUUUCUCUCCUCGCCACUUUCUUUCCUUUCCUCGCUGUGUGGCGCGAAACCCUCGACCCGACGACCAUGUUUAUACACCGCUUACUGUACGCUCGCAUCCUCGGCGGCGCGGGGUUCAUCGUGCAGACGCUCGCUCAGGCCCGCCGACUCGUCAUCGAGCAAGACACGCCGCUGUUCUACGAGGAGUACGCGCCGCACCCCUUCGCCGACACUGGGCUCUUCCUCGCAAGCACCGCGCUGCAGAUCGCGUGGUUACUCCCGCUCUUCGUGAGACCCAGCGCGGACCAGCAAGAUGAUGACGAGGAGAAGACGGUGGGACUCAUGGAGGGCGAUGAGGCGCUGGAAAACAGCCUGCAAGAGCUCUGGGAGCUAUCCCCGCCCAUCGAGCCUGACCCCGCGCAAGUGGCGUAUAUGCCCACGUAUGCGGCGUGUAGCGCGCUGACUGCGCUCUGGACGCCCUUCUUCCUCGAGCAGAACUACAUGAUCUGCGAGGCCAUCCUCACGCUUGCCGUCUUCAUCCACCUCUAUGCGCUCUUUACGCCGCAGCUCAAUAUGCCCGUCCUCCGCUCACGCAAGCACAUUCUUACGCACCUCGUCGCGAAGAGCUCUACCGGUCUCGCCGUACUCUACAUGUGGAAGACAUGGGGCGCGCUCGGGGGAACCGGCGCUCCCACCACCAGCACCCGCGCCAUCAGCGCCAUGAUCUUCCUUACCAUCGCCCUCGCCACCGGCCCCGACCCCAUCGUCCCUUUCGUCCUCAUCCUCGACGUCCUCGCCCUCGCCGCGGGCCCCGGCGACGCUUGGCGCGGCACGUUCCAGGCGAUCGCCGUCAUGCUCGCGCUGGUCAUCGCCGUCGAGUGGGUGCUGAUCGGCCGGCCGGGGAUGAGGUACUUGAUGGGCCAUGGGGCGGAGGAUUCGCCAGGUCAGGCGAGGGGCGGGGAUGAAGCGGAGGAUUUCGAAGAGACGUUGUUCGAGGCGGAUGUGGAUGAUGAGGAGAUGCAGGCGCACAAGACGAGCCCGAGGACGCGGAUGUCACCGCGGAUGGGGCAUGGGUCGCCGCGCAUGGAUUGAAUGUCUUCCCCUGUGGUCAAGGCUGCAUUGGUUGUACAUAUGUUGGACGUUAUACUCGGACUCGGCGCUUUAUCGGUAGUGUACUGAUACUAGCAGGUUAAGUUUCGCGCUGUUAUAUGGGGUCGCGGUGGCAUUCAAGGUGUACUGGUAGUAUAUGGAUGGAUAGCUGUUCUCUGUACUGUAGAACCGUAUUGUUGUCGCUCGUAAUGAGAUGUUGGUCGUUCUUGGAUCUCA